GCUUAAGAGCAAAAGCUGACGCUUGGCCCUCACCCCUUCCCCUCGCUGCCAUUAGCCAUUAGCCAGAUGGAGCCCAGUAGCCCAAUGUAGGGCCGAUGGAGUGGAAUCCUUCCGAGCUCCAACCAGCCUUCGCCAGCUCAUCAGUCUCUCCUAAUUGGAGACUUCAUGGAGACCGAGCCUGGAAUCGUGUCCCCUUUCAAGCGCGUCUUCCUGAAAGGUGAAAAGGGUCGGGACAAGAAGGCCCAGGAGAAGGUGACGGAAAGGCGGCCCCUGCACACGGUGCCCUUCUCCUUGCCGGACCGGGUGGAGCCGGACGUCCUCUUGAACGACUACAUCGAAAAGGAAGUGAAGUAUUUAGGUCAAUUAACAUCUGUCCCAGGAUACCUGAAUCCCUCCAGCCGUGCUGAAAUACUGCAUUUGAUAGACAAUGCAAAGAGGGCGCAUCAGCUUCCCGGCCAGCUGACCCAAGAACACGACGCUGUGAUCAGCCUCUCCACCUACAACAUCAAGCUGGUAUGGCGAGACGGCGAAGACAUCAUCCUCAGGGUCCCCAUCCACGACAUCGCUUCGGUCUCAUACAUCCGCGAUGACUCCUCACACCUGGUGGUGUUGAAAACGGCUCAGGACCCCGGGAUUUCCCCCAGCCAGAGCCUUUGUGCUGAAAGCUCAAAAGCCCUUGCCUCGGGGUCGCUCUCGGGAAGCGGAGUGGUUCCUGUCGAGGCCUGUUGCCUGGUGGUCUUGGCUACCGAGAAUAAAGUGACGGCAGAGGAACUCUGCUCCCUCCUCAGCCAAGUCUUCCAUAUUGUUUACACGGAGUCCACCAUCGACUUCCUCGACAAAGUAAUAUUUGAUGGGGCCUCCACGCCGACACGGCAUCUCUCCCUGCACAGCGAUGACUCUUCUACAAAAGUGGACAUUAAAGAUUCCUACGAAACUGAAGCAAGCACUUUGGUCUGCUCCAUGCUGGGUGGUGUCCAGAACAGAAACUGGAAGUGGCGUGCCAUCAUGGGCAUGGGCCAAGCGGGCGGGGGCGGGGGGGGUGGCCUAGAAUGGAACAGGACCCUGGCCUUUGGGCGUUUUAGCUGCAUCUGUGUUUUGUAUGUUUUGGAAGCCCCAUUGUGGGAGAAACGUGGGUUGAGAACAAAACUCUCGUCUCAUGAGAUCCAACAGUUUGCCAUGCUUUUGCACGAGUAUCGCAACGGAGCAUCCAUACACGAGUUUUGCGUCAACCUCCGGCAGCUCUAUGGGGACAGCAGAAAAUUCCUUCUACUAGGCCUUAGACCUUUCAUCCCUGAAAAGGACAGCCAAUGCUUUGAGAACUUCCUAGAGACCAUCGGCGUGAAGGACGGGCGCGGCAUCAUCACCGACAGCUUCGGGAGGUACCGGCGGACGGUGAGCACCACCUCCAACUCUACGACCAACGGCAACGGUGCAGCCGGGAGUUCGGACGACCAGUCAGUGCCCUCAGAGGGAGACGAGUGGGACCGGAUGAUCUCGGACAUCAGCAACGACAUUGAGGCCCUCGGGUGCAGCAUGGAUCACGAUUCCUCCUGAAAGGGUGGGGGGUGCAGGGGGCAGAAGAAAGAAGAGGCUGCUCUCCCCUCCCGGGGCGCCCUGGCCCUUCACACACUCACUCUCUGCUUUCCCUGGUCAGGAGAAUGAGAUGUUUUUUUUUUGGCCCCGGCCACUUUUCCCACAAGAUCUCUUCUUCCCGCUCCCGCCCCCUUUUCUCCCACCAUUUCGGUGGCUUGGUUCGAUAGCCAUCUUGCGCUCCUAGCCAAGGGUCUUUUCUGGGAAAGGAGCGAGAGCGAGAAGCCAUGAAGGAGAAACGAGAGGAAGCUUAGCUUGGAAGGAGAGAGACCCGAAGAACGGCCGUCGGUCUUUCUCCUUCCUUGCCAGGAUGGGAGUUCUUGGAGGAGUCACGGAUCUGAGAGAGAGAGAGAGUGAUUGUGGACGUGGGGGGGUGGGUCUGGCUGGAGGACAGCCGGCCCACAAGGACCCUUACCAGCUGGAGUAUGGUUUUGCACAUGACAUUUCGAUUUUUUGUUUUUGUGUUUUCUAUGAAGUUUAUCACAAUGUGAAUAAUUUAAUAUUCCAGGUGUUAAGUCACAACAUUUCUGACUCAAACCAGAAGGUGGCCUUGGUUGUAAAGCUGAGUCAAGGUUUCCCCCCCCGCCUUCCCCCAACGGUCAAGGUCUUGGUUGGGGGGGGGUGAGCUUCCCACGCCCUGGUGCUGGCCAGCCGGCUUGUCUUGUUUGCUGUCUGUGGGCAGUCAGGAAUUGGGGAACCGACCUUCAUGGGUCCUUUGUAGGACCUCGUUGGGCCGAGAUGCAGUUCUUUUGGCUUUGGUGCUUGGCGUGCUGGGUUUGGCCGGCUCAGCUCGACUUGAAUGUUGAUGAUUCCGGUGAAGAAUGUGCUGGCGGUCCUUGCCCAGCUUACCUCUAGCAAAGCCAUCCUCUCGCCUGUCUCUGCCUGAGCAGAUGUUCCCUCGCUUGGCCCAAGGUCUGACAGCUCCCAUCAGAGCUCAAGAACGGGGGACUUUCUUUGGACCAGCCAGAACAAUCCCAUGCUAGCUGGGGGAUUCUGGCAGCUGUCGUCCAAAAAAGAGCCUUCUUCGGAGCUCAGGUUCCCAAGCCCAGCUAGGCGUCGGUAGCAUUUCUGUAACCCACUUAAAGGAUCUUUUAAGUGGAAUUUGUGCCAGGUCUCCUACUGGGGCGCCCUGUUGAGGAUCAGGGCCUGAUUUGGGCUUGAGGGGCUGUUCCAAGGGAAUGAUGUCUGAGUUCUGGGUAGCCUUAUCUCAGCAGAGAAGAGUCAGUUCCGCCUCUGCAGUUGGCGCGGAUCUCCUGAGCUGGAUUUCAGGGGCCUGGGGCCAGUCUGCGGGAGGUGGACGGGCAUGGGUUUCUUCCAUUAGGAGGCACCAGUCGUUCGGGCAUUAUUCAGGGUCCGCUCGAGGUGUACGGACUGAGUCGGUUUGCUCGUCUAGUGCCAGAGGGGACAGCAAGCCUGACGGCUGCAUAAACUAUUUCGAGUUUGAUUAUUUUUUAACGGAACAUGGAGUGGAAGAAAUAUAUACAUAAUGUAUAUGCAUUGUAUAUAUUAUACAUAUAAAUGCACAGUUAUUUUUGUAUGUGUAUUUCAUGCCACAUGAUCUCUGCUGGCUACUAUAAACGGACCUGUAUGCUCUUUUAGCCCUUUUGAGUGGGAAUUUUGAGUGUUUUGUAACUGCAGCAACCAGGAAACGGGGUUUUUUUAAUUUUUCUUAAAAGUGCUCAAAAGCUGGCCCGCUGCCAGGAAGGCCGGCGGUCCUUUUUGCCAAACGUGCUUCGCUUUGUGUUCUUGAGCCUCACCAGUGGCUGCUUUGGCAAGGCAUCUCUGUCGAGCAGCACGUCCCCUCCGCUUUUUGCCUGAUGUCCAUGUCUGUUGUCAAACCUGAAUUUUUCAUGGGUUUAAGCCUUGUAGAAACAACGAUUUUUCAGGCACCUCUGAUGGGUUUGCUGGGAUAUAAGCCUUGUGGACUGCAGUCCACUUCAUUAGUUGCAAGGAGUCAUCUCAGUCUGCUGGAUCGCUCAGGGGUUUAGGUCUCUGACUGCACACCCAGAGGUUGGGAGUUCAAUUCCCCGCUGGGGCUGGAGACUCGCUGAUCCAGAGUGUCCCUUCUAGCUCAGCCGUUCUAAGAUGGUUGUAAAAACACUCUCUAGGAUGAUUAUACACCCAAUGGACUGGGCUGCAGUCUGAAAAAGCUUAUGCUAAAGAACCCGUGGAAACCUUUAGGGCAUCGCAAGACUCUGUAUUGUCGUCCUUGAUGGCUUCACGUGUGGCCUCCAGAAGAAGCAGUGUUGCGCCACAAGGAGAACAUCUCUUUUAAAAAAACCUCUUGUUUGGUCCCCUGAGGGUGGGUCUGCACCAUCUGACUCCUCCACGGCCAAAAGUUCUGGACAUCACAGUUUGAGGCUGCUGAGAAUGGCUAGAUCCUUACUGCCCCCCCUCCCUCCUCCCGUCCCUGGCCACUUUUCAGACAACACAAUUUUCCGGAGAGAGGACGUUGCCAUUAAACCGAGUUUGCACUGA